AUGUAUCGACGGGGUCCUCCAAAAUCUACUCCUACAACACGUCACUACUCAUAUGAAUGUAAGGCCACAACACAAGAGCGGCCUUACGUCUCAAGACCGUCUCGGACACAGCAACUCUUCAACCCGAAACUUGUUCCAAAGCUAGCCAGUGACACCCCAGAUGCCUUACAGAAGCAGAAGGGUGUGGCUGAUGAGGAACUGGCCAAGAGAGAAGCCGAAAGAGCGAAGAAGCGAGAAACUAGAGAAAGAUGA